AGCUUGAAGGCCUUCUCUUUCACUACGCCUCUCUUCAUAAUCUCUUUUCGCUAAACACACACUUUCUCUUUUCUGUUUAAUUUUAAUACAUCAGCUGUUUCAGCAGCAUUCGUCACUGCGGCACACUCCACAAGCGCAAGCCCCACGUGCGACGACCGACUUUCUCGUUUCUGUCAAGCUGUACGAAGCUCUUCACCGCGACCUCUUCCUUCCUCUUCCGUACCUCCUCCCUCACCUCUCUGACUGCGACCUAUGGCGUGUCUCAAGUACCCGCUGCGUCGCAUGAUGGUGGCCGGUGCGCUGCUGGUGCUGUGCGUGAACGCCCUCUUUGUCUCCGCGGCCUCCACCACCGACUACACCGCCGAUCAGCAGAAGAACACGCUGGCGUUCCUGAAGGGCUUUGCGAUAGCGGGCUCAACUCUGGAGACCAGCUGGACCGGCACGGACUUCUGCUCGUGGCCGUACGUGAGAUGCGGCUAUUUAGCGAGCACGCUGAGUUUCAAGGCCUACAGCCGGCCGGCGUUCACGGGAUCGCUGGUGUUGCCUGAGCUGGGUGCGGACGUGAAUGGCUCCGCCGUGAUCUUCACGGAAAUCUCUGCGAGUUGGUUUGGGCAACAGGUUACAGGCACGCUGCCCACGAGCUGGGGCCGCCUGAGGAAGCUGCGGACUCUGCGGUUGAACUACAACUCACUGAAUGGCCCGCUGCCUGCGGACUGGAGCGGGAUGUCUGCGCUGCAGUCACUGUACCUGAACAGCAACCGCCUUGAGGGCAGCCUUCCCGGUCAGUGGAGGUUAUUGUCUGAAUUGAAGGACUUGCGGCUCGACAACAACUCGCUGUCCGGCGCGCUGCCUGCUGCGUGGAUUCGCAUGUCCUCACUGAAGGAUUUGUACCUCAACAGCAAUGCGCUCUCCGGCACGUUGCCUGCGGCGUGGGUGGCGUUAACGGCGCUUUGGUCUCUGGAUCUGUCCAAUAACCAGCUAACGGGCUCGAUCCCUGAGCGGUGGGGCGAGCUGCGGGUGUAUACGUUGGAGCUGAGCAGCAACAGGCUGUGCGGAUGCGUUCCUACCAAACUGAAGAACGGUUCUUAUCCCCCCACUGUUGAUCCUGCGGUGUCCGCUGCUAACUGUACCACUGCAAACGUGUGCGAGGCGCACAGCUCCGGCUCGGCCUCCGCGGCGGACGACUCCGAGGAGAUCGCGAUGCUGACGGCGAACGAACAGAACACGCUGAAGUUCCUGCGGCUGGUGCGGGCUGCUGUGGGCGGGGAGCUGCGGAGCCUCUGGGGUGGCGUGUGGUACUGCGGCUGGCAGAACGUGAAGUGCGGUUCCAGCGGACUUGCAUCCGUCACGCUGAACGACGUCACGCUCUCUGGCUCGGUGCAGCUGCCGGAGCUGACGUCGGACAUCGAUGGCAGCCUUGUGGACGUGACGAGUUUCGAGCUGCACGGCAAGGGUGCGAGCGUGACGGGCGCACUGCCCACGAGCUGGGGCCGCCUGACCCGCCUGCGGACGCUGGACUUGAGCGGCAACGCACUGAACGGGUCACUGCCUGCGAACUGGAGCGCCAUGACGAAGCUUUACACUCUCAACCUGGCCGCGAAUGCGCUCUCGGGCACGCUGCCCGUCGAAUGGGCCGCGAUGCCGACCUUGAACGAGUUGCGGCUGAACAACAACUCGCUGGCCGGUGCGAUUCCUGAAGAAUGGAACAACAUGAAGUCACUGCAGGACAUCUACCUGGCGGGCAACGACUUCUGCGGGUGCGUGCCGAGCGCCUGGAAGCCGGGAUAUCCUCCGUACGUCCGAGCCGAUGACGCGGUGACAUCGCCGAAGUGCCGCACCGCAUACAGGUGUGUCGACGGCAGCGGCAGCUCUGACAGCAUGGCGGGGAUGACGGAGGAGGAGAAGAGCACGCUGAAGUUCCUGCGUGGCUUUGCGGCCAAAACCCCGUUUCUUGCGAGCAGGUGGACCGGCAUCUACUACUGUGAAUGGCCGUACGUGCGGUGCGGCACCUACUCGAAUGUGCUUAACUUUGGCGCCCUCAACUCCCCGGUGUUCACCGGAUCGUUGGAGCUGCCUGAGCUGGGUGCCGACGUGAACGGCUCCGCCGUCAUCUUCAAUGAGAUCUCCGUGAAUGAGUUUGGCCAGAAUGUCACGGGCAAACUGCCCGCGAGCUGGGGCCGCCUGACCCGCCUGCGGAUGCUGGACUUGAGCGGCAACGCACUGACAGGCUCACUGCCUGCGGACUGGAGCGGGAUGGCUGCGCUGCAGUCACUGGACCUGAGCAGCAACCGCCUUGAGGGCAGCCUUCCUGGCCAGUGGGGGUUCCUGUCGAAGCUUCGCUGGUUUCGGCUUUCGAGCAAUGCGUUGACCGGCACACUACCGGCAGAGUGGAAGACGAUGUCCGGCUUAAGUACACUCAACCUUUCGAGCAACGCCCUCUCUGGCUCGCUGCCUGCAGACUGGGCCUCCGUGGAGUACCUGCGGUCCCUAUACCUCGCAGCAAAUCAAUUUACAGGCUCGAUCCCUGCACAAUGGGCGGCCCAGUGGACGUACAUCAUUGCUGAUCUGAGCAGGAACCAUCUGUGCGGAUGCCUCCCCGAUGGUUGGUCGAAGAAAACUUACAACAUUGACAUUACCGUGGAUGCCGCGGUGUCUUCGUCCAACUGCAGCGAUAAGAACGCGUGCGACGUGCACAACACGACCACGACGACCACCGCUGCGCCGACGCAGGAGCAGCGAAACACCUUGAAGUUCCUGCAGGCGUUCUCGACGAUGGACCCGAGUCUGGCGAUGCGGUGGACCGGGAGCAGCUACUGCGACUGGGCGUACGUGAAGUGCUCUGCGGACGGUGCGGUGCAGCUGGACCUGUCACCGCUGCCGCUGGCGACAGCUGUGUCACGGACGAAGGUCGCCGCGUUGAUGAAGACUGUAACGUCGACGGCGACCGUGCGACUGCCUGAGCUCGCGGCGGACGUGGACGGGCAGCAGGUUGCGGUGACGGAGUUGAGCGUGUACGGUAAGGGCUCGCGGGUCGCGGGGACGCUGCCUGCGAGCUGGGGCCGCCUGGCGCGUCUGCAGACGGUGCGCGUGCAGAGCAACGCCAUCACCGGCACGCUGCCGUCUGCCUGGAGCGAGAUGACGUCGCUGCGCAGCCUGAACGUGAGCGGCAACGCGCUGUCCGGUGGCGUGCCUGAUAGUUGGGGCGGCAUGACGAAGCUGGUGAGCGUCGACCUGAAGGGGACGGGCCUGUGCGGGUGCCUGCCCGCGGGGUGGAAGUCGAAGACGGUGGCUGCGGAUGCCGCGUUGACUGCGCGGGACUGCGCGAGCGCGAAUGCGUGCCCCGCGGUGUCGAGCACAUCAGCCCCGCCGAAGAAGAAGUCUGGACGCAACCUGAUCCCACUGUGGUGCGUGCUGGGUGCUGUGGGUGGGCUCUUGGUGGGACUUGCAGUGGGCUUUGGCGUGCGCUUCUAUCGCCGGCGUCAGCGUGAUAGAGAGGUGAGUGGAUUCCAGACCGUGCAAGAAGCGGAGAUGGAGCCUUUUGCAAAGAUGCCUGACUCGCCGUAUUAA